UCCUCAACCUCAUCCGUCGAUACGCAGCCAAAUCGCUCCAAACGCGAGCCAUCAAAGCUCCGCCGGCGCAACGUCGAUCGUCGCGAAAUUGCGCCCUCCAUCUAUGUCGAAGCCGCUCUUUCCACCGAUGCUCCUUUGACGUUUCCAAUCCCCACCGUCCCGGCCCUACGCGAGCGCACCACACGCGCAUGGCGACAACGCGCCGUGUCGUCGCUUUCAUCGCCACGGGCCCGAAAUGUCUCUCCCCAACGGCCAGCCAGCCUGGCCGCCUCCCGCCUUGCAGCAUACAAACAGCAGUCGCUCUUUGCAUCACCUCGACGAUGGCCCGGCGCGCACCCAGACCCCUGUCGACAACAUCAUCGGGUUGAUGCCUGAGGCAUCAGUCGACAUCGAGGAGGAGAACCGGCGCGCUCUCUUCGCCGACCUGUAUCGCAAAACCGAGGACAAGGUCGCGCUGUUGUUUGCCGAUGACGGUUCGUACAAUGUCGACGCGAUUGCGGCGCUCCGGCGCCAACCCCCCACCCCGACCGUCACCCUGCCGCCCACGACCGACCACGAACCAAUCAAAGAGCCGCCGCGCAAGAAGGCCAAACGCGCCAUCGACGAAGACAAUUAUGACGACGAAGACGACGACGACGAGGAAGGCUCGGAGCCUGCGUCCGCGUCCAAGCCCCAGAACGCGGCCGUCGCCGCCGCGAGUUCCCUCCUCUCCCCCUCCAAGUCCGGCAGCUCUCCAGUGCACUCGGUGAAUUCUCCAAGACACGGGGACAAGACCAAGGGGCCGGACGGCCUACCAUUCAAGGACAAGCCAGGCGACGAUGGCAUCAAGAAGCUUGAAGAGGCGCGGCUUGCCACCGAGGAAGCCGCGCGCAGGAGCUUUCACACCAUAUUCCACACACUCGAAAACGACCGGACAGCCAUGCUCGAGCAGCAACGGCUAGAAGACUCGGAGAAGCAACUCCAGGCUGAGAUGGACCAUAAUACUUCCAAUGUGGGUGCUCAGGCAGCCGGGCAAGGUUCUCUCAGCAGCGCAAAUCUCGGCGCAUCCAGCCUUACUCUCAAACAUCUCAUUGCCAGAAUCGACAUGAAGCGCGAUCAGGUCCGUGCCUCGGACGCGGAGCUGCGCCUGCUCAUGAACGAGGUGCGCAAGAAUCGGAGUAAAUGGGCAAGCGAGGAGAACGUAAACCAGGAGGAGCUGUAUGAGGCUCUCGAGAAGGUCUUGACCGAGCUCAAGGCGCACACGGAACACUCUACGCCCUUUUUGACGCGUGUCAACAAGAGGGACGCCCCUGACUAUUACAACUUUAUCAAGAACCCCAUGGACUUGGGCACGAUGACGAAGAAACUCAAGUCGCUGACGUACAAGUCCAAGGCGGACUUUGUCGCAGACCUGAAUCUGAUAUGGGACAACUGCCUCAAGUACAACCAGGACAUGAACCACCCGUUUCGCCGCAUGGCAAAUGGCAUGAGAAAAGAGGCCGAGAAGCUCAUUCCGCUCAUUCCAGAUCUUGCAAUCCGGUCUCGCGCCGAAGUGGAAGCCGAGGAGCGACGGAAACAGAACGGUGGCGACGACGACAAUGGCGACGACAGCGACGACGAGCCGAUAAUGUCGUCUCGCGGCCGCAAGGCAGCCACCAAAGGUGCCAACAAGUCGCGGAAGGCCCCAAGCGAUCAAAAGGAAGAGACGCCUGUCGUCGACCAGAAGCCUAUCCUGCAGCUCAACGGCCUCUUGGGGAAGCAUGGUCGCGAAGGGUCGGAGGCCGUCGACGGGAGCAACGGGUUUGGAACCCCAAUCGGCGGCUCCAUCACCCCGAGCGGCGCCAUCAACGGCCAUUCGGGCAUCGCGAGCAACGUGGAUGCCAUGGACAUCGAUGGUCCGAGCUUGAACGGCAUGGCCUUGAAUUCUGCUUUCGGUGAGGCCGUCGAGCAGGCCUAUGAAGACGACGAGUACAAGGUGUGGAAGCAGACGACCAAGAAGGACCGCGCUCUCGUUGCCAAAGAGCGGCAUCAACUGUUCAAGGACAACAACCUGAACGCCGACGCGCCCGCUCUUCUUCGAAGCAAGGCUGGCAUGAGGCACUUUUUGAAGAACCAAAAGGAGGCCGAAGCGCUCGGCAUCGCGAACCACCCACAUCUCGGCGGCCCCCUGAGCGUUGCAAAGGCGGCAACCAACAAGGCGCCCGAGACGCUGGCGGAGGGGAUUGAGGAAGAAGCCGAACGAGUCCUUCCCGAUUACUACGACGCCCUCAGCAGCAUCCCGGACAUCCAGUCGAACCUACAGUGGAUCGAAGAUGGCGAGGGCCAGGUCAUCAACCAGCACGAGGAGUUCCUGCGCCUCGUGCCGGCGGGGUCCUUUGUCGCGCCUCAAAGCCGACUGACCAAAAAGAUGGACGACAACAUCCAUCAGAUCCAGGAAACACGGAAGCUUGCGACCAAGAUUUCUGUCAUCAAGCAGAUGCAGGUUCAGUCGCAGGUGUACACCAAUCAGUUUCCCAAGUCCAACACGGUGCCCUUUGUCGAGCAGGAUAUUGAACCGCACUUCAUUGCCGAUGACGGGCCUGUUAUGGCGCCGCACACCUGUCAAGACGCGCUGAAACGGUCUGUGGCGAAGAUUCUCUACCACACGGGCUUUGAGGAGUUGCAGCCCUCUGCGAUCGACGCACUGACCGGCAUCGCGGCCGAUUACUUCCAGACCAUUACUCGCACGUUCCAAGUAUACCGCGAGGCAGAGAGGAUGACUGUGCAGACUCCCUCCGGCCCUGAAGUCCGGCCGCGCUUCACCGCUGAGGAAGUGCUUCUGCACACUCUAGAAGAGAACGGCCACGACGUGCCAUCACUGGAUGCCUACGUCAAGGACGACGUCGACCGACUCAGCAGCAAGCUCGGCGCCCUACAUGAGAGGAUGAAGCUGCACCUGACGGAUCUCCUGCGGCCGGCGCUCUCGGCCGAGGCUGGCGCUGACGGUGCUGGUGCUUUCAACGACGGCAGCGAGCAGUUUACGAGCGGCGACUUUGCCGACGACCUUGGUGAAGACUUCUUUGGCUUCCGCGCGCUCGGCCUCGACAAGGAGAUGGGCCUUGAUUCUUUCGCCGUGCCGUUUCACCUGCUGCACAGCCGGGUGCGGAAUCAAUACCAGAUGCAGUCGCAGACCACCGCGGGAGGCACGGCGGACAUGUUCGAGGCCCUGGCGCCCGCGGACCCGGUCACCAAAGAGAACAUCCAGGACCAGAUUGGCCUGGUCAAGAAUUUCUUCCUUGCCAAGCUGCACGCUAACGGCGACCAACCUCUGGUGGAAGAUGAGGACCUCCCCGUUAAGCAGAGGAAACCCCGGCCUCGACUCGGCGCGAGCGGCAAGAUCAUGUCUGCUCAGAAGCGCCCACCCAAGGAACAGCUGGCGCUGGCCAAGAAGAAGAAGAAGAUGGAGCUGGCGGCGGCGGCCGAGGCCAAAGCAAACGCCGCCUCGGACAAGACGGGCGGGUCAGCCAACAACACUCCCGUCAAAAAGUCGGCGGCCAAUCUGCCCAAUGGCACUACAGCGCCAAACCCCGCCGUCCUCGCGCUGGGCGCCGGAAUGGAGCGGACGGACAGCAUGCAGAGCCAGGCAGGCACCAGUCAGACCGACAAGGACGACACGAUCGGCAUGAUGAGCCCGGAGAGCAUCGCUCAGUAGGACCAGAGACGAUUUGGGCCCAGGACGAUGCGUUGAUGAUGACUGUAUAUAAUAAAGCCUACGCAGACCAACGACCAACGACGCAUUUACGACCUUUUUGGAUCUCACGUCAUGCUUCGAGCGACCAGAAAGAGCGCCAAGAUGAGUUCAAGGUUCUGGGGCCGCAUUACAGGAUCAAAAGUGGUUGGAAGGCAUGUCGAACUUUGUAUUCCCUCUUGUCCUGUACACCGUUUUUGUGAAAUUUUCCUCGCUUCGCAGCAUACCCCGACAGGAUCGCUUUGGGCCUGUCCUGAUUUUCAUGUUUUCUUCCAUUUUCCUUGCGCCAGCCUGUGCCCGGGUGACGCGGUUGGGGUCGGGGUUUUGGUGUUGCUAGGCACGGCGUCGCUAAUGAAGCUGUUGCGUACUACUUUUGGUAACUUGGCGGUGGGCACUGUCUGAUCCGGGAGCGGUGAGGACAGCUCAAAAGUUCGUUUACGAUUCUUUCGGCCAAGUCGGCGGGCCGCCACCUCUUCCACCUCCACCGGAGAUCCUGCAAGACUUGGACAUUACGCACCCGGACCUCGGUGGUUGUUGGAUGUAAUGAACAACAGUUGGGGGGUUAUGGGGCACCUUGGCUGCGGCAAGACCAGUGGCUACUCUGCGAGGCACCUCAGGCACGACAAGCCUUGCCCCUCCCCAGUUUCCUUUUCCAUAUUCUUUGUUUCUCUUUUGUACUACUUUAGAUGCCGGGAAGACACGGUCAAGGUGGGCUGGGGGAUCGGGUGGGGGGUUUAUUGGAUUGCAAAGCGUAUGAAACGGCUCAAUGGCGAGAGGAUGGGUGGGCAGUGCGGGGGGUGUUUCUCUUUGCGAGGUUUCGGCGCUGGGGAUGAAUUACUUUGGUUGACGGCAGGCAGGCCGAACUGGCUAUUGUCCCAAAGAGCUUUGGACUGCGGCGAUUCUCCAAGCUGUUACUCUGGGCCUGGGGAAGAUGGGCGUCGUGCGUAGCAUUGGGACCGAAGCGAGCAAAUGACAAAAGAUGAGCAAGUAUACCACGCACGGAAGCACGAAAAGGUGGAGAAUUGCAAAUCACAUAUCC